UUGAAGACUUCAACUUAUUGACCAUGGCGAAGCUUGGUAGUUUUAUCAUGGAAAUGAGAAUACGCUCUGAAUACAUAUUUUCGGAUAGAUAUGUUAUCGAUUGUAAACAUUUAAAGGCGAGUUUGAUCCCGAAGCUCAAUCCAGUUAUUGUGAAGAGAUCAGAAAUUAUGAGUACGGAAGCUUACAGAGUAAAAGUAAAAGGCUUUCAUGUAAUAAAUGCUCCAGGUUUUAUCGAAAAAAUUGUAUACAUAUUGAAAUCUGUACUUAAAGAAAAAAUUAUGAACAGAAUUUAUAUCCACAAUUCUUAUGAAGAACUUUACGAGGCAAUUCCUAAAGAAGUUCUUCCCCAAGAAUACGGAGGUGAUCUUCCAAGUUGCAGUAAGCUCUCUGAGCAAUUGAAGAAUUACCUUAAAACAGAGGAAGCAAACGAAAUUAUAGAACAUUCUAGUAAAAUCGUUUCGAACGAAACAAAACGUAGUUGCAUUCGAUUCAAUGAAGAGUAUUUAGGCAUGCCGGGAUCUUUUAAACGGUUGAAUGUAGAUUAA